UCGCUAUGUCAUCUAAUUGGGAUUACAGAUUUUAUUAAUGGGAGUAAGUUUGAUGCUAAAACAUAGUGUUGGCGUGGAAAAUCCUUGAAAAAUUGUCUCAACAUAAUUGGGCAACGUUUGCUUCUCAAAAUGUCAAGUCUCGAUAUAUACGAUGAUUCGGAGAAUCUUAUAAGCAGUGAUGAGUACAGCGAAGAGGAUGAUGAUGAACUUAUGAACGCCGCUAUCAGUUCGCAGCCUAACAGAAAGCCCGGGAAAUCUGAUCGAUUGUACAACAGUCCUCCGAGGCAGAGAUCUGUUAAGAGGGAACAAAGGCUGCCGUUUAGAAGAAAAUUAUGCACUAAAUACAAGUCGAGAUCACUUAAAUGGCUCAAUGGAAAAGCGAAACGUGAAAAAAGCAAAGAAUAUUUGCUAUGCUUGAGGAAAAAAGAAUCUCCCAUAGAAGUAUCUCUUCCGCGUGAAAAGGAAUAUAAUUCAUCUGAUACCUGCAAAGAAGAUAAAGUAACGAAUAAUUUAUCGGAAACAAUUGAUCUUGAUGAAUCCGAUGUUGAGUAUAGUUCGCCCAUUAAGAGUAAAGAAGAAAAUAAAAAAGUGCAAGAAGAAGAAAUUAAAGAGAAGCCAAAAGAUGAAAAGUUUGAAAAGCCAAAGGAGUUAGUGGAAGAGUCAAAAGAAUUGGUUGAAACUCCUGCAAUUGAAGAAUCCGCAAUAGACUCAAACGAUAAAAAUUGUCUUAAAAGAGCUCAUUCCCCAACGCCUACCCCAGAAAAAAAUGGCAAUGCAAAUAAGAGACAUCAACCAGAGCGGCCAACUUCGACACAUUUGUACAGAGAAAUCAAUGAAAUGUUUCCGAAGUACGAUGAAGUUGUUGGAAGUCAUGUAAAACACAAGAGUUCUACAUCAGAUGCAAUCGACGAAAGUAUGACACGAUUGAUGUUGGAUAUACAAACUCUGAAUGAUAUUUUGCAAACAAAAGAAACUGAAUGGAAUCGGUUGUUGAAUUUAAAAAGAGUUAAGGAAGAGAUGCUGGCAAGAUUAUCACGAGCGAAGCAUGUAUUGGGAAUAAAAGACAGAAAAUUUGAAGAGCAUAAAUAUAAUUUACAAGUAUUGAAAGAAUUAGAAUCAUAUUUAUCGGAGCCCCAGUCGUCGGCGUCGACGUCGACGUCAGCCAAUAUUGGUCUUUCUACCACUCAUCAGCUUAUUGAAAAUCGUGCCAGUAUGAAAACGGAAGAUUUACAAAAGGAGAGCAACAAUACAAAUCGUUUACAAAACAUUUUAAUAUCGAGCAACAUCCUACAGCGUGCCGAAAUGACUAAUUAUGACAUUAAUGAUGGGAAAAUCAAUUCAUCACCUAUUCACCAUACGGUGUUUAAUGAUGAUAGCCCAGAACUGCAAAAGUAUCAGUAUUUGGAACAGAAAUUGAAGUCAAAAGUAGGUAGACAGGGCCCAUUCAUAGAUGUUAAGAGUAUGGUUGCGGAUUUCCGGCAGCAAAAUCCCGUUGUUUUUCCACGCGUUGGAAAACGUAUUAAAGCAAACGACUCUAGUUACAGCGUGAGAGCUGUGAGUACGCCGCCUGAUGUACCUCAAUGUAUUGAUGCCAACAGUCUGCUAAUGGAGACGUCAUAUAAUUGCAACGGAUCAAAUUAUACACCAACGUUAGAGAAAUUACUUAGUACAACGUCGCGUAACAACAGCCCCUUACAUGUUAAGCCGAGUGCGCCAGCCACACAAGGUUUUAAAUUUAACACAGAAAGCCAAAAAAGUUACUAUCGUCUACAGAACGAUGGCAGUUGCAAUGAAAUUUCCAUAACGCCGGUGAAUUGCGUUAAUCGGUACCCACAAAAAAUUCAGAAUUCAAAAUCAGGACUUCUAAGAACGGCACUAGAUGUGAAUUCCCAGCACAAUAGUUACUACGAUAUGUCCGGUUAUGUAAAAUCUACGCAUAAAACCAUGCGCGAUGUGCACAACAAUGAUCUACAAUUAUGCCAAGAGUGCAAGAUGCAUGAAGCACGCUUUGUUUGCGCUGGCUGUGGCAAUCAGUGGUACUGUAGUAGGGAUUGCCAGGUUAACGCUUGGGACAAACAUUCGGAAGUCUGUAGUGAGUGAAAUUAAAGAAAAACCAGAAUAACUCAUAUUGACGCUGUAACCGUUUAUGUGUUUUUCAUAAAACAUUAUAAAAGUGUAUGUCUUUAGUUUAUAGAAUUUCAGAAUAUUUCCUAAAGUUUCCAUGACUUAUGGCAUCUUAUUACUAAAAAUUAAAUAAACAUAAACCAUAUAGUGUUAUAGUCA